CAACGGCGAUGGAGUUUUACACGAUUUAUUAGCAUAAUGUACGAGUUUUUGCUUAUUUAACGACACCGUCGACACGAAGAGGCGACGAGGUUAUCGUUUCUAGCGAUGUCUGUGAUGAAAUUGGGAGAGAACUGAGGAUUUCCCCGGUGGUUGGGCGAGGGAAUUUCUCGACAAGUUGGGGAUGCCACGUCGUAGGGCGACCCUCUCGCCUUCACACAACAGGCCAGCUGCUGAGGAGAGUGAAUUCGAGGCACCAGUAAAGAAGACUAAACUAUCAGACUCAGCUGACAGUGAGACAGUAAAGACAGAAGAUUCACCAGGACCAGACGGCGACACAGGAAGUGUUCAGAAAGGCGUGAGCAGCCAGAACCAGAGUUCUGGGGGCGACCAAAGUGUUGAGAAAAGAAACCUGUCUUUGGAAGCUCUCUUCCAAGUUACUGACAAUGAACUGCAGAAUAUUUCUCGUGUUAGCCCUAGCGAGAGUGCCUUAGGGGACGGAGAUGUUGAUCACAUGACCAUCACUGUCCGCACUACCGAUGAGGAUGACGAUCAGACCACACAGAGAGUCGUCGUGAUUCCUGUUUCGGAGAAAGGUGUGGAGAAGUACCAGCUAAAAUCUGACAGCUUGGAGGAGCAAGGGUUGAAACUGGUGUACACGAAACAGACGUACGACCAGUUUGAACCUAAUCCCAUUAGCUAUGGGACGUUCAAACCACGCUCGUUCAAAUCCCACCAACAGGUGGUGGAUAAGCUAAUACAGCGUGUAGCUUGUCCAAGCGAAGCGGCCGGAAAUGUCGGGAGAAAGAGAAAGCAUCCCUCCAAACUUGGCAAGCACAUCUGUCCAUAUUGUGGAAGAGGAUGUGCAAAGCCGAGCGUCUUGCAGAAGCACAUCCGUGCUCACACGGGGGAGAGGCCCUUCCCUUGUGCCGCCUGCGGAUUCAGCUUCAAAACAAAAAGCAAUUUGUACAAGCACUGCAAAUCAAGAGCACACGCGCUGAAAGCUGGUCUUGCAUCAAAUUUACAAAAUGUGUUCAAAGAUGCGACGGCAGAGGACGGCACGUCAGAAGAUGUGGGGGUGGAGUCGGAUGAUACAGGAAGUGAAGCAGAGCUGGCGGAAAACGACUCGGAUGCCUCAGGAGCAAGACAAGAGAAAGUAGAUGAACAACAGACCUAUGUAAGCCUAAUUUCUGAUGGCAGCAUUGGACAGGAAGUUAGCAUCGAGUCCAAUGAGCAGCAGUAUGCCAUACUGGACACAAGCUCUGAUAAAAUCAUCCUUUGGCAUGCAAAUGAACAAGCUCCAAUUCAGAUUGCCGAUCCAAAACCAUCAGAUACUGAGAUACAUGUACCGGUUUUCUUACCUCAGUUAGAUUCCUCUCAGGUGGUGAAAAUAGGUGAGCCUCCUGUGCUAUAUCAACCAGAGACGUCCCGACCAGCUGAAGCCUCGCUUUCAGCCCCCUGUUCCGUGUACACUGCUGCCCCAGGCUUUGAAGCAAAUGGAGGUCAAUCUGACAAAAGUAGCAAUUCCCUUGACAGAAAAGCUAUUGUAAAAACCUAUCUAAUUGCACUUCCAAAAUCCGCCACAUCUGUUGUGCCUUCUUUACCAGAAAAUUUGACAUCACAAAAGUCAACAAAAGAUUCACCCAGUUUUGCUUUGAGCAGCGCUCCCAAAGAUAUCCCUGUGCCCUCGGAGGUCAGUAACAGCGCAGAGAUAAUAUGCCUGCCACAUCCAAACUGCGAGCCACUGGUCGCUACAAAGGCUCUCCGAGAGUUAGAGGAAAUCAGUGACAGAGUUGCCAGUGCAACAAACGAUGGAGCAGUCGUACCCACUGCAGUUAGGCUGAUGCCAGAUAAAUCUGUCCAUGUUACUAUCCAGAUGCCAGCUGGGCCCAACAAGAACCAGCAAACAGAGCAGCCUGACACCCUUACAAAGUCAGCAGUGUUGUCGGAAGAAAAUGUAAGCCUGGAAAGGCCUGCAUCUCCAAACACCAAGCACGUUGCAGGUUCUGGUUUAGUUGUUACUUUACCCUUGGCUCCGCAAGGGUCUUCAGUGGCAGGCCACUCCACUACUCAUGAUGUACUCUCUGGACCAAAACCGUUAGGUGUGGAUCCCAAAAACUUAACAAACGAGAUGUUAAAAGAGCGAAUCCAGCAGCUCAUUUCAGAAAAUGCCGCUAUAGUUGACACACCUAUGGCUGAUCCUCCAAGGCACAAGAGAUUAUCUCGACAAAACAGUGAGGUCAACAUGCUGUCUGGAAAGCAGGAAUUGUCAACGGUCCCGCAUACCAUUGUGUCUACUAAAGCUCAAGUGACCAAUCAAGCUGUAGACCCUGUGGUUACAUCUACAGCGAAGGAUGAGUUGCUCGAUCAAAGAGAUAAUGUCAAAUGUUCAAAACCAACGACAAGUCAACCAUUUCUUCAAAUUUUGAGACAAGGAUCUGUGAGUGAAACAGGGAACAAAAGCAGUGGUGUUGACAUCAAUUCUUCUUCGAAAGCUGCUUCUAAAUCUGUAGCAAAGGUGAAAGCGAGCUCCUCUAACCAGGAGAUUAAAAUCCAAAUAAGACUCGCUAAAGAUUCCACCUCACUGUCGGCUGUUUCCAGCACUACUACAGUGACAACGCCUCCAAUGAUUGGUCAACCGGGGGUACAGUUUCCUGGUGAUGUUGACCAAAACACAGUAACGCUCAUGGACCAGACUUCAGCCACCUCAACCUUUCAAAUCAUUACCUCAAAUGAAGGGAGCAUUAUCAAAAACUUGCUUGCAAAGGGACCAAUAAUGUCUCCAGCCCUGGUAGCUAGAAGCAGUUCAGUGGACCAAAGCAGAUUCACGUCAGAUGCAGAAAUUGAACCAGAGAAGGGACAAGUAGGUGACCCAGUCCAAGCUCCUGACCAGUAUGGACCGUUCCAGUGUGACAAGUGUUCUGUGUCCUUCAAAAUGGCACAGACACUGUCUCUGCACAAAUUGUGCUACUGCAGGAAUUUAAGUAUAUCCGAAAAGCCAAAUUCAGACUCUGCAGAAAAUCCCGUUUUGGUAGAAUCUACAUUACGUGAGGAAAUAAUUGCUAAAUACUUCCCACCAAGUAGUAACGUUUCUGAAGAUGGUGCCUCUGUUGGCAAAAAGGACAGCAAGGAUCCACAUAGGACUUUGAAGCGCAAGUUGUCGAGAAGUCUCUCAAAGGAUACUGUAAAGGAGACUUUGAGCCACAUGCAUUCACAUGAUAAAACCAAGAUAGAAUCUGUGACAGAUAGCAAAACAGGAAAUCCAGUGUCAGUGUCUUUGACUAGUGCUGCGAAUCCGGUACUUCUUGCAAGUCUGCAACAAACAAGGGCACCUUUUGGUGAACAGUUCCAGGCUGCUGGUCCUUCAACUACUCAAAUGGAUGCAGUUAAAAUUGGACAGCCAUUUGUUUCUAUAAAGCGCCGUGGAGAGCAUGGCAAAGAGCUGCGUCUGAACACAGCCAUUGCUGCUGCAGCCGCCGCCACAAGCUCCCCUAUUAUGACCCCAAUGUCCACAUCUGGGACCCCACAGACUCCUCAAACCCCAGGAACCCCAAACUCCAGUACUUGCCUACUAAAGUUGAAGCUGAAAGGAAAACUAUUAAUGAAACGAUCCAUGUCAGUUGAGAGAAUGCUGUCGCAGGAAAGGGGAAAUAACUCCCCUGUGAAAGCUGGAACGACUUCCCCAUGGCAUAUGGAUACAGGCUUAACUCCGUCAGUAGCGGCUAACAGACCUACAGAGACCGGUGAUAACUGUUCUGAAGAUAAAAGGGCGCCGUUGAAAAAACGGAGGUUGAAGGAGGCUGGUUUGCUGAACGCUGUUGACAAAAGGCCCCUUCUUCUGCGCACAGAGUCUGCUCCUUGUGUUCCUAUUGGGGAAAGAGGUGAUGCUUCUGACUUGCUUUUCCGAGAAUCGAAAUCCAGCGGUAAGCAAAUUUCUGAAAAAGGAGAUUGCGAAGCGAUAGUUGGAGAUGGUGAGAUGAAACCAGGGUUGGAACUUAGUAAUAAGACAGAGUCAGUUUCUGUGCCAGUUGUAAAAGCUCAACUUGUAAUAAAUCCCGUUCAGCUGAGCAGCGUUCUUUUACGACCAUUGACUAGAGCACCUCUGUGUGGAAUCAUUGCUACCACCAUAUCUCUGGAACCGUUCCCCGGGUUUUGUAUAACGCUGCCCGCUAUUUCUGGUCCAGCAACAAUAGGACCAUCCACACAUCAUCUUCACAUGAAAGCCAAUAACUUGUCAUCCUGUUUCGGGAAAUCCAUCGUACCUGGUUCUCCAGCUAAAAUUCCAGUCUUAAAAACCCCCGUGUCGCCCAAGGGAAUUUUUGGAAUAAACAGUGUGGCUGAUUUGUCAGCCGAUCAAGGGAGGGAUGCACAAACUGUUGCCAGCUCAUCAGGUAGUACUGCAACAAUGACAGUGGUAACACCAACCUCAACAAGUUCAGGGUUGUCCUCAUCUACCCAGGAAAAACCCGUCACACCGUUGUAUCUGUAUGGCCACUCGUUUCCAUCCUUGAGAGGGAGCACUCACGCCACCUAUUGUUGUAUUCAGCGGCUACAGCCAAUGUACGUGCGUCAGGGGACGAACAAGAAAAUCUCCAUGUACUCGAACUGGAGAGUUGCACCCCAGAAUUCAAAUCCGUUUGGUUUGACGCCAAAGAUGCUGCUUAAUCUGUAUGCGUCGAGGUACACCAGCAACCCUGUGUACAAGGAGUCUGUGUCACCUGAGUUUAACAGUGGAAUUCUCACUCACAGCACUUACUGGGAUUUCUAUUCCAAACAUGGCAUCAAAGAGCAAACGUAUGUGAGACAGACAUCCUUAUUUCCUUCUAUCAUAGAUUCCGGCGUGGCCAGAACGGAAGAAACGGCAACUGUUGAGAACCAUGACAACAAUGAGACGAACAGCUCUGAUUCCAAGGAUGUGGUAAAGGUGCAGGUAUUUCAAGGAGGGUUCAAGUCAAACGAGGAUUACACCUACAUCCGGGGAAGAGGACGGGGAAAGUUUGUGUGUGAAGAAUGCGGGAUUCGAUGCAAGAAACCAAGCAUGUUAAAGAAGCACAUCCGCACUCACACGGAUUUCCGACCUUACUACUGUAAACACUGCAAUUUUUCCUUCAAAACUAAAGGAAACUUGACUAAACACAUGAAAUCCAAGGCACAUUUGAAGAAGUGCCUGGAGCUGGGCAUUUUACCGGUUCCUACCACUGUUGAUGACUCACAGAUUGACGAAGAAGCCUUGGCAAGGCAAACAGCCAUAUCUAAGAAAGCCAAGAUCCUGGAAGAUGACAACAGCUCUCUGGGAGGAGAUGAGGACGACGAUGAAGAGGAGGAAAAUGAAGACGAGGAUCCUGAGGAAGAUGUAGAAGGGACUGCCAUGGAAACGGAUCAAGAUACUAACAAAGAGGCAAAUAUCCUCUUGAAACCAGAACUGCAAGAGAAGGCUGUGCUUGAAGGGACAAGCAAAAUGUCAGCAAAGGAAAACCUAUCUUGUACAGCACCCGUCCAUUCUGGGACCACCCCAUCAUUUGUGGCUGUCCAGUCUUCCAAGGGAGAUAACCCUGCUUUUGUACAGAUCCAAAGCAGCAAAGAGUUUCCAAUAGGAAAAAGCCUGGGCACUGUGUAUGGUUUCCCGAGCAAGGCCACCAAAACCAGGUCUGCAAGUCAGCCACAAGGUGGGGAUAAGACUCAAGAUUCCUUAACGAAUGACGAUGAGAUUGCACGCAGUCUGCUGGACCUCUCUAAGCAGAUGUCAGAGACUGAGUCGAACAAAGUAUCAUCUCCAGAUGACACACCUGGUAAAGGAGGAAGGUUAGACUCUUUGAUUGGAGCUUUGAUGACAAGGACCACCAGUAGGGCUCAACCAACCACAGCCAUGUGUUCAUCUGACCAAUCAGCUGGGGACUUACAAAAGCAUACUCUAGUCCCAGCUCAAGGCACAGUGAGGCAGCCAAUGAAGAAGGCUGCAGAGCCUGUUCAAGUGAUCACCAUAGACAGUGACUCAGAAGACAAGUCCAGUUCUGGUGAUGAUGUCCCAAGGAAUGUGAAAGGCCGCAAUGUCCCAAUUCACCCUGUUGGGAAGAAAUUCUCAAGCAGGCCCAACAUUCUAGGAUUACAUGCGCCGAAGACUGUUCUUUCCAGAGAAACAACUGUGAAGAGACAAAAUUCGGACAGCUUAAAACCUGGCUUUGCAGGCUCAGCUUUAGCCUCAUCCACUUCUCACAGCACAAAAAACUCCAUCUCCACCUCAAUUGCCUCAGUUGGACCAAUCAUUGGGCAGUUAAUAAGACAGGAACCAAUCAAAAUAGCUGUUACAUCUGGCGGUGCUGCAGGCAGUUUUUUGGCUGGAGUUGUCCCCCCUUUCCAGUUCACUCAUCCCUUUCCUGGUGAGGACUGUACCCCGAUAGACAGAACAAAACUGACGCUCCCUCUAGUGAGUGGGGGGCAUUCUGGUAUGCCCAAGACCGAACCUAGCUGCGUUUUACAGGACCAGUUGCUGAUGAUCUCACCAACAAAGAUGGGUCAAAACAUUCUACAUCUUGUGCAGUCCCAGGCAAGAAGCAGUGACCAAGCUCAAACUCCGCAAGGAACAUCCAUUGGCUCCCUGGUUGGGCACAUCAUCAAUGUUGCAGGAGGCUCGGCAGAUAAUGGGUCCCCCAGCACUCAACACAUUCUCUUCCAGGGUGCAUCUCAAGGACAGUCCCUGCUUAUUCCCAUUCCUUGCUCCUUGACGAACGCUGUCACGGAAAGCCAACCAACCUCUCCAGUGGCUUCGAUCUCCAAAGAAGGUGUUGGAGUUGGGGUGACCACACCAGUGUUUUCUCCCAGCAAUUCCCUUGGCAGCCCAGCUGUGAUGAGUUUGCCUGGAAGGAGCAGCCAUCCUUUGAUAGUAUCAGCUCUUGUCUCUGCAAGCUCUGCUGACACAGCCAAAACUCCUUUGAGUAAGCAAGAUACCGUUCCAGUAACCAAUCAAUCAUUAACAUCUGGUGAUGCAGGAUCUUCACGCCUUACUACUGUGUCACCCAUCAUGCUAUCCAAAUUUCUGCAGAAUCCAGAGGGUCAGGCUCACGUCAUUUAUGUGAAGGCAGACAGCAGUUCUGCUCAAGUGGGAGCAACGCCGACUGCUUUCAAAGUGAACGAAAAUACGGCAUUCAUGGUGGACGGACGCUACGUCUGCACCAUCUGUAAGAAGACUUUUCAACAACAACAUCAGCUCACUCUUCACAAAAACAUUCAUUACUUCGAGCGUCGGUUCCGUUGCGAGGACUGCGGUGUGUCCUUCAGAACAAAGGGUCAUCUGCUGAAGCACUAUCGCUCAGAUAGCCAUUUGGCAAAGCAGAGCAUCAACACACAUUUUGGUGUUCCUACCACGGAUAACCCGAGACCGUUUAAAUGUUCUGACUGCAAAGUUGCCUUCCGUAACCACGGGCAUCUGGCCAAGCAUUUGAGGUCCAAAAUGCACAUUACCAUGCUGGAAAAGGUAGGAAAACUGCCAUCAGGAACUUACGCGCAGAUCGAAAAAGGAAGCCUGAAUGAGAUUGAUGCCUCGAAUUGCGAACGAACGCUAGAGAGCUUGCACCAGAUGGUUGACGCUGCGAAUGCAGCAACUCUUCAUCAUAUUGAAAGCAUUCCCAGAACAGCAUCGCAGGAUCAAGGUGAGGGUGGUAGUGCCAUGGACUACGAGGCCUUAGACGAUUCCGAAAACGAGGAUGAAGGCGGCUUGAUGAUCGUUGAAAGCAACGCCAGUUCUGGUGAAACCUGCAUGUCCUCCAUGGCUGUUAGCCCCCUUGGAGAGCACUUCAACAUCCCUAACCGGUCUCCUUACGAGAAGUUCAAGGCGGCUUCCAACGACAAAGUCACGGUUGAAAUAAAGCCCGAGAAGUGGGAUUUCGUGGAGAUGGGAACUGGAAGCUCGACCCCGUCCCGCUACGGCACCGGCAGUGAUCUAGAGAAGGGCCGUGAAGGAGAGGUGUGUGGGCGCUCUGCCUCACCAAGAUUCACCAGCCAGAUCAACCCAGCCCCUGAUCGCCCUCACAAAUGUGGAAUCUGUCGACAGGGCUUCAAGACUCUGGACUUUCUCAAUACCCAUUUGAUCACCCACGCGGAGUUAAGACCUUACGUCUGUGAGUACUGUGACGCUGGGUUUACGAAUGGCCAGUCCCUGAAGAUACACCUGCAGACUCAUAAGCGGGAGAGACCUUACGUGUGUGGGCAUUGCGGAGACACGUUUGCCAGAGCGGACGAUCUCAAAACCCAUCACCAGAACCAGUCCAGGGGUACGCAUUUACCAGUUGACGGAAAGUCGACGUCUGAGUCCACAGUAACGGAAACUAGCGCAGCGCCACCCGCUUCCUGUAAGCCUCGUUGUGGCCAGCGAGUCAGUGCUGUCGACUCGAAGGCAACUCGCUUGAAAUCUAGAGUGGUUGAACGGAAAUCCGUUUUAGAAGAAAAAACUUCGCCAUUUGGCGAAAAAAACAUGUCCGUUGUUAAAGAAGCAGUCUGUGAUGUCAUUAGUGCUACUGAACCAGCUGAUACCGGAAGUUCGCGGCAGGAUUCAAGUCGAAAAGACAGUGGUGAUUCGACUUUACAACAUGGUUGUGGUGACUUUAUUCAAGCGACCAGCAGUGCAUGAGAUAUUGAUCAUCUCGGUAAGCUAUUGACUACGCCUGCACCAACAGGAGAACCAAACGACAGUGAACCAACCCACAUUUCCACACAUCGAUGAUCACCUUUGUUUCCGACAUUAUUUCAUUGGUGUUUACUCUAAAAUGUCCAAUUGCUCAUAUUGUUACUUAGUUAUGGUUACCAUAGCGAUAUCUACUGAAAGGGUUAUGUCGUCAUGGUUUAGUUCCAGUCGAAGAACCAGGCCCAGUUUGCUGAAAGUUGUUCAUCGAUCAAUGCAGUUGUCCAAAUUUUAAACUAUUCUAACUGUGACAACAGCAGUUUUACUUUAUAUUUAAUAUACUUUUGCGCAAUUUUGUUUCGGAUAACUACUCAGUUGAAGACUUGGCUUAAAGUUAAAUCUGGUAUUAAGUCUUAAAACACUUUUGAACAACCCGGCCCCGGUCCCUAAAUAUUUAUUUAUUUAUUUAUUUCUUUAUUCGAUUGGUGUUUUCCGCCAUACACAAAAAAUAUUUCACGUACGGGACGGCUGCCAACAUUAUGGUGGGAGGAAACUGGGUAAAGCCUGGAGGAAACCCACGACCAUCCGCAGGAUGCCGCCACACCUUCCCACGUAGACUCUUAAAUAGUACACAAUAAUAUUUCGAUCAUUGGUGCACCGGUAAGUGCAGUUUUGAGAUAUUUGACGGAAACCUCAUUAUUCAACGUACCCGUUGCUCUUAAAACCCUUCAAAGGCUAGGUAAUGAGUUCCUCAGCCCUGCCCAGGUUUUAUGCUUUUUUCAUGACCAAAACUGAUUUAUUUUGUUCUCAACAAGUAAAUUUACCGAAAUUGUCUAGCUUAUAACAAGACCGGAAGUGUACAGAAUUGUGUUACGUGUUUUUGUCCAUUGGAUGAGCAAACACUAUGUCAUGUAACGAGCGUAGUGGGUUUUUUUUUUACUGUUGCAAAAGAUCUUUUGGCUGUCAUGCCCAACUCAGUUCGGAGAGCAUGAUGGCCGUGUUUCAGCUUAUUCCUUACUCAAGCACCACCUCAAGCUUCUUACAUCAAAACGACCAUUACAAUGUUGCACGAGGCCUUGCUAGUAUUGUUGUUGUUGUUACGGUUAUGAAGUCCGCUAGUUUACCUGUUAUCAGUGAUAUGAUGCCUGCGCAUGUGCCUUGUUUGGAUAUUUCAGAUGUUAAUUUUGUAAAAUGGGCUUUGACCAAGCUUUGGGUAAACGUAGCCUACAUGUAUGUUUUAGAAGGGGAACCAUCAAAGUGACUUUUUACUUUUGCGUAUAGGUACACAUACAUAUGCUGGAGAUAUUUGGAUACCACUAUUCGACCACCGGUUGAUAACUUACACACAUAUCUGACAUUUUCUAACUGAAUUAGAAAUUGUACUAAAUGGUGGGCAUGUUUCUGUGAACUGCGCCUUCUCUUGUAACGGCCUCGCUUGGGUGUCCCACCACUCUACUUAGUUAUUUCCCUACUUAGUUAUAUCGGCUUUCAAGUCUGAUAUUAUCACUGUGUAUUACAAUACGGGGACACCGAAAACAGUUCCA